AUGUUGAGAAGCGGCGUGAGGCGAACGAGCGGGGCAGCUCACUUUUGGAUCUGUAUUCCUCGCAUCUCACAGCCCAAAGAUCCAAAAGAUGGAACGCGAAGACGAAGUCAAGUAAAGCAACCGCCUCGCGGGAUGGUGACUGCAUUGCAACUCGCGUUUCUGCAAGAUCCACGUGUUCCCAGCUUCGAGAGUACAAUUGCUUUGCUACUAAAAGCUGACGCAGACCCACGCAGUCUCCUGUACUGGGACUAUGCAACGCAAGUAGUUUUUUCGCCCUUGUCCAGUGAUAAAAAAGAGAAAAGUGAGGAACACCACCAGCGACGGCGAUUACGGAAGCGCCUUCUUCUCCUUGACAAGGUGGAGAGUGAUGGCGAUGAAAGUGCCGUUUUCCGGUGUUGUGAAGCUCAGGCAGAUGACGGAGCUCGGUGGAAUUUGCUCAUGUAUUUUUGCUGGCUUGGGGACGAAGUCAAAGCAGGACUAUUAGUCGGCAGCUUGUGA